AUGUCUUUGCCGCAAAGGCCUGGCAAGGCCUCGCCCCGGCGUGAGGAGCGCAGCGCUUUCCGCGAGCCCUCUCACCGUCGGCGACACCGAGACAUCGACUCUGGCAAUUUCAGCGACAACCCAACUUCGCCGUCCUCCCACCGACACCACCGCCGCCGAUCGCAGAGUCACCGAAGGGCCGCCGAAACGGAUGAGGAACGCAUGGAGCGCGGCGGUGACGUGAAGCGCAAGAAGAGCCUAAUCAAGCCAGAGCGACGCCACAUGGAUCGGGAUCACCCCAAUUACCACUACCGACAGCGAUCUCACCGUAUGCCCGUCCACCCUUCCUCCACGGGCGAUGACCCGCUGCUCGACCGCGACCCCGAGGCCGAGACAAACAGCUCGAAGAGCAUGGAUUCGAAGUCGAAGGAGCAGCUGUACGGCGCGCAUGGAAACGUGAAUAAACCCAUGGACCGCGCGCCGAGUCGGCACCGGUCGAAAAAGAAGAAGAGAUCUUCUCACCGGACGUCGAAGAGCGGCACCUCUGCUGAGGAGAGGAGGCGGCAGAAGGCCAUGGAGCAGGCACGGCCGCCAGACUUGUGGACGACCUAUUGUGCCUUGAUUAGUUGCUUGGUCCCCGACUUUGUACUCAAAUGUUUUGGCAUGCCGCAGAAGGAGCAGCGCACUGCCUGGCGAGAGAAGAUUGGCUUGAUCAGUUUGAUUCUCAUGAUUGCCGCCUUUGUGGGUUUCCUGACAUUCGGUUUCACGGCCGUGGUCUGCGGUACACCCCCUGUUCGUCUAAAGGUCAAUGAGGUCGGUAGUGGAUACAUGAUCUUCCAUGGCAAGGCCUACGAUUUGACCAAAUCGACACACCCUGCUGCUGAGGGCAUCCCGUCCGGUACCAACGUUCUGUACGAUCUUCCGCACAAGUACGGCGGCCAGGAUGGUAGUUUCUUCUUCCAACAAGUUAACGGUGCUUGCAAGGGGCUUAUCACUGCUAAGGAUGGCGGCGGUGUUCCUACUAACUCCAAGGGCGACCUUGGUUGGUACUUCCCCUGCACAGCGUUCAACCAGGACGGCUCCUCGGAGCCAAACUUCACAACUUCCUAUUACGAGGGUUGGGCCUGUCAUACCAGUGGGUCCGCACGUAAUUCCUUCUACGACCUGACUGGAUCCGGAGAUGUAUACUACACUUGGGAGGAUACCAAGAACAAGAGUCGAAACUUGGCCGUCUACUCUGGCAAUGUUCUGGAUCUGGAUCUGCUACGGUGGUUCAACACUGAUCAGGUGGAAUACCCUGCUGAAUUUGAUGAGCUACGCGAGAACUCUGCCGUCCGUGGUGUCGAUCUCACCUAUUAUUUCCAAAGCGGAGACCAGAAGAAGAUUGGCAAAUGUCUGACCCAGAUCAUCAAGGUCGGCAGCAUCGACACGGACACCGUCGGUUGUAUUGCCUCCAAGGUUGUGCUCUACGUGUCUUUGAUCUUCAUUCUGUCCAUCGUCGUCGUCAAGUUCGCCUUUGCCCUGCUUUUCCAGUGGUUCCUUGCGCCCAGAUUCGCCGCCCAGAGUACCAGCAUGGCUUCCGAUGCCCGAACUCGCAAUCAGCAGAUCGAAGACUGGUCCAAUGAUAUCUAUCGCCCCGCUCCUCGUAUUGCUGAUCCCCCCGUUCCUGAUCGUGUCAGCAAGCGUGCCAGUUUCUUGCCCACUACAUCUCGUUUCUCCAGUCCUUAUGUGGUUGGCAGUACCGGCAGCGGCAAACAAAACAGGCAAUAUGUCACCAUGGCCAGCCAGAACUCGACCUCUCGUCUCAUGCCCAGUUCUGCCAACAGCAACACCAUGUACAAACUCAGCCACAACAGCAGUAACGGCACCCUCAGCGCGGAUAACUCUCGUCAUAACCCUGGCGCCAGCCGAACCAGCCUCGUGCCCCAAGGACAGCAAGAACCCGGAUUUUCCACUAUCGUUUCUGAAUCUGAAGGUCCCGGUCCCGCAGGGUUCAUUCAUGAAUCCGUUGUUCCGCAACCUCCACCUGAUUGGCAGCCGUUUGGCUAUCCAUUGGCCCACGCUCUUUGCAUUGUCACUUGUUACUCUGAAGGCGAGGAAGGUAUUCGGACGACUCUCGACUCGAUUGCCAUGACCGACUACCCUAACAGUCACAAGACGAUUCUCGUUAUUUGUGACGGUCUGAUCAAAGGAAAGGGUGAAGAGUUUUCGACUCCCGAAAUUGUACUCGGCAUGGUAAAGGACCACGUUGUUCCUCCCGAUGAAGUCCAGCCUUUCUCUUAUGUCGCCGUUGCCACUGGAUCCAAGCGUCACAACAUGGCCAAGGUUUACUCUGGUUUCUACGACUAUGGCGAGACCUCCAUGAUUCCUCCCGAGAAGCAACAGCGUGUCCCGAUGAUGGUUAUCGUCAAGUGCGGUACCCCUGCCGAAGCGACCCAGUCCAAGCCCGGUAACCGUGGUAAGCGUGAUAGUCAGAUUAUUCUGAUGUCCUUCUUGCAGAAGGUCAUGUUUGACGAGCGUAUGACCGAGCUUGAGUUUGAGAUGUUCAAUGGCAUGUGGAAUGUUACUGGUAUUCCGCCGGACUUCUACGAGGUCGUUCUCAUGGUCGAUGCCGAUACAAAGGUGUUCCCGGAUAGUUUGACGCAUAUGAUUUCGGCCAUGGUCAAGGAUCCCGAUGUGAUGGGUCUUUGUGGAGAGACCAAGAUUGCCAACAAGACUGACAGCUGGGUUACGAUGAUUCAAGUUUUCGAAUACUUCAUUUCCCAUCACCAGGCCAAGUCAUUCGAGUCCGUUUUCGGUGGUGUCACUUGUUUGCCCGGUUGUUUCUCGAUGUACCGUAUCAAGGCUCCCAAGGGUGGUCAAAACUACUGGGUGCCCAUUCUGGCCAACCCGGACAUUGUCGAGCACUACUCUGAAAACGUGGUUGAUACCUUGCACAAGAAGAACUUGCUUCUCCUGGGUGAGGAUCGAUACCUCACCACACUGAUGCUCAAGACCUUCCCCAAGCGCAAACAGAUCUUCGUCCCGCAAGCCGUUUGCAAGACUGUCGUCCCCGACAAGUUCAUGGUCCUACUCUCCCAGCGUCGUCGCUGGAUCAACAGUACUGUGCACAAUCUGCUAGAACUAGUGCUUGUUCGCGAUCUCUGUGGAACGUUCUGCUUCAGUAUGCAGUUUGUCAUCUUCAUUGAGCUUAUCGGCACUCUGGUCCUCCCCGCCGCCAUUGCCUUCACUAUUUACGUCGUCAUUUCCUCCAUCGUCCGCAGGCCAGUGCAGGUCAUUCCUCUGGUCCUGCUUGCUCUGAUUCUCGGUCUCCCGGGUGUCCUGAUCGUGGUCACUGCCCACCGUCUCGUCUACGUCCUCUGGAUGCUGAUCUACCUGUGCUCCCUUCCCAUUUGGAACUUCGUUCUGCCUACUUAUGCGUUCUGGAAAUUCGACGACUUCUCCUGGGGUGAUACCCGGAAGACGGCCGGCGAGAAGGACAAGGGUCACGGUGCGGCAGAAGGCGAAUUCGACAGUACGCAGAUCACCAUGAAGCGGUGGCGCGACUUUGAGAAGGAGCGUCGUAUGCGGAAUAAUGGCUGGACGCAGCCGCAGACUCAUGCCUCUGGCAACGGGUACCCUGGAAAUUACGAGGCGUACUCGGAUUAUUAG